GAGAAGGAUUUCAUCACAUGAAAUUCAGCAGUCGAAAGCAAAUUAGACCAGAUUGGUACAUUGAAUUAUACUCCAUCACACAAAAUAAGAAAUUGAAGAACUGUACUGUACACAACACACAUGUUUCAGCACAGUAGUCCACAGUGUGACAGCCAGUAUACGUACUGUAUCUCAUGAUGCUUGGCAUCAAGAGAUAAACAGCAAAUAUAAAAUUGGCCCUGAGGUCUUUCCUGGAAAGUCUUUGUUAUAUCUUUUACUAAAAAAGGAUUAUAGAUAAUCAGGAAUGUAUUUAUUUCUAAUUUAGAUGAAGAGUUUAUUUUAAAUAAUCACAUAUAUCAGAGACCUAUAUACUAAAUUAAUAUAGGUCUCUGCAUAUAUAAAAUGUGUUCAUGUUGAUUUUAUUGAAGCUGUAGAAUUUGUCUGCAAUAUAGAUUUUAUUGCAGCAUGGAUGAUAUACAUCAACAAUGGAUGGAAAAGUCAUUCGAGUAUGCAGCAGAUGCCUUGAACAGUCAGGAAGUGCCAGUAGGCUGUAUAUUGGUUUACAAAGGAGAGGAAGUCAUAGGUGUUGGUAGGAAUGAAGUAAAUGAGACAAAGAAUGCUGCCAGACAUGCAGAAAUUGUUGCCAUUGACCAGGUGUUAUCUUGGUGUGUGCAUCGUCAGAUAAAGCCAAAGGAAGUAUUUGGGCAGACUGUCCUUUAUGUGACAGUGGAACCAUGUGUGAUGUGUGCAGGUGCACUCAGAGAAGUAGGUGUCCCCCUGGUGGUGUAUGGAUGUGCCAACGACCGGUUUGGUGGAUGUGGCUCAGUUCUGUCUGUCAAUAAGGAUGAGUUACCUACCCUUGGAACCAGCUUUCAGUGUAUCAGUGGAGUGAUGGGAGACAAAGCUGUCACAAUGUUGAAAGACUUCUACAGAAUGGAAAAUAUCAAUGCUCCUGAUGGCAAAAGGAAAUUAAAAAACAUUGCAGAUUAAACAAAAAGCUCCAUUAUCUUUUAU